AUGAUCAGUGCCAGUACGACGAACGUUGAGCACAGUCACAUGAACCUCCCACAAAUGCGGUCGAUUUGGCUGGACGAAGACGAAGAGGCAGAGAAGCUAUACGGUCUGCAAGCGCAGCAAUUCAUGGGCUCUGACGAUGAAGAAAGUAUAGGUAUCACUUUCAUUAACAGUGAUAAGCCUUUGCUCAGCAAUAAGAAGAACAUCGAGUUGCCUCCGCUACUGCCAAAGACGCACCCAUCGAGUUACCAUAGGAAAAAUACUUCCAAUUCCGCGGUUUCCAGGAAGCCUUCCACUCCCAGCGCCGACAAGACAAAGCACAAGAAGGGGUUUUUCAAGUUCAACUCCUUGAAGAAGAAACUUCUAGGCCCACCAUUGGACGUAAGAGCCAAGGGUAUCUCCACUCCAUUUGAUUUCCAACACAUUUCGCAUGCUGACACCCGAAAUGGGUUCCAAGACGAGCCCGACCAACAACAACAACAACAACAACAACAACAGCAACAACAACCGCCACUGCCACUUCCCAUUGCAGUCGAAGACGACGCCGCUUCCUCUCCAAGCAAAAACCGUUUAAGCUCACUAAGUAAAGCUUUUGUCACAGAAAGGAUCCCUGCUAACCGUGAAAGCAAACUCAAUUCGAGGUCGCACGACACGAGAUCGCACGAUAAAAAGACAUCAUCAAGGUUCUCCGUCGCUCGUUCCAUCUCGGUCACUUCGUCCAAUUACUCUAAAAACACACAGGGCAACAACCAUUCAAUCAACGGUAGGGUCGUGUCCACUUCCACCAUGGCCACAUCCCUCUUUGAGGAUUCUCCAAAUACAUCACCAAAGCAGUUCAAAGCAAAGCUACAUAGUCUGGGGCAUAAACAUACCGAUUCCACGGAUUCCAGUGAAUCUUCGUUGGAUUUUUUGAAAAACUACAGUUUUCCCACAUUAUUAGAAGACAGACCAAUUUUGGAUUUCCUGCCUCGCUCGCAAAGAUCAAGCGCCUACCGUAGCCUUCUUUUGGAGACUCCAAACUUAAAUAAAAAUACUGGGAGAGCAUUUGCUUCCCCAGAACAUAGCCCGCUCCCCAUGAGAAGAAACUCGAUAGCGACGCCCUCUCCCCAGUCUAAAUCCUCGUACACCGACUCCCCAGCCAACUUCAGAAGGUCUUUUGAUGAUAUCCUUUGUUUUUAUAAUCAACUAGAACCUCUUCAAGUUUGA